AUGACGAGUCAUUGGUAUACUCGCUGUAGUACACCAUAUUACCUCCAAAGUUCCACAGCUAUUUACACUGCAACUGCAACUACUUAUCCCAACAUUUUGACAUUUGUUGAUUUAGAUGUAGACACGGUUAAUUGUGGUAGAUAUUCAAGGAAGAAAAAAACAGUAAUCAAAGAAUACGCAAAGAGGGUACAUACUUUCAAAGAAACAUAUGGAGAAUGCAAGUCGAUAACAGCAAAAAUUAUUGAUCAAACAAUAGCGGUAGAAAAUCUGAAUGAAAGAAUCGAGUCAAUGUCGCCUGUAACUAUGCCAAGUGAUGGUGGCCCAGGUUAUACGGAAACUAUGUCACUCAUUCAAGAUGGGAAUGCUGCUCUUUCAGAUCUUCAAAACCAGCAGAUAAUAUGCGAUAGACAACAUUAUUCUGAGUACGAGAAACUGCGUUUAGCUGAAGAAAGUCUUGCAAGAAAGUUUUUUGGUGGUUUCCGCGUCAAUUCUGGACUGGUUAGUGAGGAGCGCAUGAUGGACCUUUUAACAAGUCAGAUCUUUCUGAAUUGUUUUGGUAAAUUUCACAUUGACAUACGGAGUUCAUCAAUGGACUCUGAGCGUGCCUCUACUAGUGGAACGCAAGGCUCAUCACCACAACCUCAAGGUCCACCACCAUCAUAUGGAGUUGUAAUGAGGAAACCUAAACUCUAUAAAGUGACUCAACAGAACCCAGGUGAUCAACCUCCAUCGUAUCAAGAAGUAAUACGCAACCCUCAAAAGUUCCCCAAGUUCAUUCUACUCAAACAUCUUCCAGUGUUCCACCCAGUCAACAUACAGCUUCAUCCACUUUACGGAGAGUUUCAUCCACUCUACAGAGAGCUUCAUCCAGUCUACGGAGAGUUCCAUCUAGUGUGCGAAGAGCUUCAUCCACUCUACAGAGAGCUUCAUCCAGUCUACGGAGAGUUGCAUCUAGUGUGCGAAAAGUUUCAUCCAGUCUUGCAUGGAAAGUCGAUCGUUCUUGAGUCGGUCUUGAGAUGA